AGUGCAAGCAGCGAGAGAACAGCUUAUCUAGGCUAUUGCCAUGGCAACGGCUUAGCCGCGCCUCCAGCAACCGGUAUCUACGUGGAGAGCAAAGAUCGCCAUGCGCCGUUAUCUCGGGGUGCUCCGAAGCCAACGCCUUCGGCUUCUCUGCUAGUCUUAGCAGUUGCGACCGUUCUUGCUUCAGGCCUCAUCAUGGUUCUCGAAAGAAAAUCUACAGUGUUGCUGCUCGCGCUGCUUGUCAGCAGUGGUCGGUGCAACUUGCUCAACGGGAUGUUUUCCGGCGCUGGCAGCCAAGUACAAUCCGAAGCUCAUGGUACGAACGACACCAUUCGGCCUAAUCUUCCAAUAAGCACUCCGACAGAUCUGUGUCAGCUUCACAGCUGCGGCUGCUACACGGAAGCCGUCCCGAAAACAAUUGACUGCUCCUACAAGCACAUCACCUCGCUGAACCGGGUAGCCGUGCCCAACCACGUCAUCGAAAUGAACCUGGCAGGGAACGACCUCAAAAACGUGCUGGACACUUACUUCUACACGGCACCUGGCGUACACGUGCUUGACUUGUCCCAUAACCACAUACAGUUCAUCGCAUUCACGGCCUUUCAAAUGUUCAGCGAACUGAACCGACUCACGCUCUGCCACAAUCGCCUUGCGUCGCUCGAGGAAGAGGUAUUCGCUGGCCUCGGGAAACUUCAGUACCUCGACCUCAGCCACAACAGGUUGACGACGCUGUAUCCGAGGCAUUUCGACCAUCUCAGCAACCUCACCGAACUGAACCUGGCCUACAAUAGUCUCGCGGAAUUCAACGGCAACGCGCUCGCACAGCUUACCUCUCUGAACAAGUUGAUCCUUCAGAGCACCGCCCUCAAAGAGCUCAGGCAGAACGACUUCGACAGUCUGACCAACCUCAAGUGGCUCGAUCUCAGCGGAAACGGGUUCGAAGAGGUUCCGUUCAAAGGCUUGCACCGGUUAAGUCUCCUGCGUCACCUAGAUCUGAGCAGGAAUCCCAUCACGACCAUCAAACCUUACAGUUUUUACAACCUAACGUCCCUGAGAAGCCUCUUCCUGAAGUACAUGGUGGAUCUGACCACCAUCGAGGCGCACGCGUUCGGUGACGUCACGAGUCUCAAGACCAUAGAUCUCAGCUUCUGCCCGAGGCUGACAAACAUCGACAAACGGGCGUUUACCUACAACUGGUCCGACGCUAAGAUCGAGCUGGACGAAUUUUACGCUCGCCAGACGGGGCUGAAGACUCUGCCAGGGAACCUUCUGCGCUGGGAAUACGUCACCAAGGUGGACUUCGCCGAGAACGACUGGAAGUGCGACUGCAAGCUCGAAUGGAUGCCACACGUCGUCAAGAGAGACGUCAUCGACGCCAAAUUGAGGUGUGGCAGCCCUAAGGAACUGGAGGGCCGGCUGAUCGCCAAGCUGAGCAGCGCCGACAUGCCGUGCGCCGAGAGCGUCGUCCUGGAGCACCCUGGCUGGCAGGAGAUCAACAUCGCCAUGCGCGUCGCCCUGGGACUGCUCAUCACCGUCACCGUCAUCCUGGCGAUCAUCAUCGCCACGCUCCUUUUCCUCAAGCUACGCGCCAAGCCACACGUCUACCUCAGCCUCAAGCAGAGGCUCGGCUACGGCGGCGAAGACUAGCCUCGCCCUCUACCGGCGGUACCACGCUAGUCAGAACUCGCGUCCGAAGAGGCGAGUCAGAAUCGAGCGCGAGGCUCACAUCCCUAUGGAGUGCCGAGGACCGACGAACGCGACUGGCUUUCAGUGUCACCUGGACAUUGGAAGCGAGCGCGGCGGAGGUCACGUGAUAAACAAUCGUUUAGGCAGCGACACAAAAAGCCGGAAUAUCUAACCGCAGAGUUCCGGCCGAUUUCACCUCCUUCUUCUUUUGUUUAAGUACGAAACAAUACUUUGAAAACUAAAAUUCAAAGCUGAGUUGUCAUCGAUUUUUCCCUGGUUUGUCGCGGAUGAACCUGUCUUGUUUGUGAUAAAUAAAAAUGAGGUAAAACGUA